UGGUGGUGAUCCUACUCAUCCCCCACAGCAGCUAGCCAUCCACACUAGCUCACACUGCAACACACACAGCAUUUGCUUUGCUUAGCUUAGCACGACCGCCGAUCGAUAAUAAUAAUACAAUAAUGGCUCUGAUGAUGAAGGACAACAAGCAGAGCAGCUGCAGGAUGCAGGCGGUGGUGGCCUUGGCCGUUGUGGUCGCGGCGGCGGCUCUGGUGGCGUCGGCGUCGGCGGCUAUCACCUGCGGGCAGGUGGGUUCGGCGCUGGCGCCGUGCAUCCCGUACGCGACGGGGAAGGCGAGCAUGCUCCCGUCGUCGUGCUGCGGCGGCGUGCGCAGCCUGAACAGCGCGGCGCGCACGAGCGCGGACCGGCAGGCGGCGUGCCGGUGCCUCAAGAGCCUGGCCAACACGGUCAAGUCGGUGAACAUGGGCACCGUCGCCACCAUCCCCGGCAAGUGCGGCGUCUCCGUGCCAUUCCCCAUCAGCAUGUCCACAGACUGCAACAAGGUCAACUAAAUUGUACAUCAGACUUACCUGAUGAGAAGCAGCUCGGUCGGUCAGAAGCUAAUAGCUAGCUACGAGCUAUUAAGGAGAAUAAAAUGAAGGCAUCAGCAGCAACAGCAGCAUCUGUAUUAAUUAUGUAGUAAUCAAAUGUUGUAAUAUGCGUGUACGUGCAGAUAUACAUGCCUGUACGAUCGAUGUAUAUAUGCUGCUUAUACAUGUACGCUUGUGUCCUGCUGUGAUCAGAUCAAUAAGAACCGCUGCUAUAUAUACUGUUCA